GUCUUUUUGCAGAUUCACUUACCGACUGAAUCGAAUCUAUGGGUUACAUGUGGAAUAAAUUACUGAAUUUAUACCCAUCCAAUUCAUAUUAACCUUUGAAACUCCUCCAAGCCAGCGAGACAUGCUCGACGUCAUACCUCUGCCAUCCAGCCAAGCCUAAUCCUCGUCACGAUCAUCGCCAAUAGAUGAUCCUCUUCCCCAGACCAUUUCGGCCUCUGGCUGUUCCCAGACUCUGGCUCAGCUCUUCAAUUCGAUCCUAUCAUCCCCAAAACUAUCAUACGAUCAUGUCUUCCCCGCAACAACAGCAACAGCAACAACAACAACCGCGGAAGCAAAGACCCAGACCACCCAAGCAGGAGAGCCAUCGAGGCCCCGCAAAGAAAGAGAAACGACCACAGCUAACACACUUCCUCUGCCUCCCACUGGUCAAUUCCACGUCUCUCCCUCAACUCGAAUCGUCUCUCGCAGCAUUCAAAGCCGAAAUUCCUCGCGCAACAACCCACCAAGGCCAAGACCAAUCCGCAGAACCACAGCCCCUCAUUCCCGAUGCCGCAAUCCGCCCCGUCGGCACUCUCCACCUUACCCUCGGUGUGAUGAGUCUCCCCAGUAAGGAGCGACUCGACGAGGCGAUUGGCCUCUUACAAUCCCUCGACCUGGUAGCGCUGGUGCGCGAGGCGGAGAGGAUCGCGCGCGUGCGUGCGCAGGGAAGAGGAGCCCGAGAACCUGCGCUGGAAGCGCCGGGGUCUGAUAGAUCAGGAGAUGGGUCGAAUGAGCCGGGAAAUAGGGGAGACGAGGGUGCUCCGAGCCCGUUUACCGUCUCUCUGGAAUCGCUGCAUGCGCUGCCACGCGCACGCGCCGCUACCGUAUUGCAUGCUGCGCCGGUGGACUCGACGUCGCGACUGUAUCCGUUCUGCGAGCUGCUGCGGGAUAAGUUCCUAGAUGCUGGGUUUCUGCAGGGCGAAGUCCAGAAAGAUGAUGCACCGCAGCAGACCCAGCAGGGAGGGAAUAGCAGCGCAAAUCAUCCCUCGGAAUUGGAAUCGAGACCUUUAGGUGACGGCGUUUCCUCUAAACAACCAGCCGAGGAACCCUCUCUUCUCGAAGAAAUGCCCGCCGAAGUAACAGAAGGUGUCGCGAAGAACUCAGACCAGCCAAUAACACCCUCGCCGUCGAAAACCGCCUCUCGAAAACCCAAAUCCCGACCGCUCCUCCUGCACGCCACAGUCGUCAACACGAUCUACAUCAAGGGCCGAUCCCGAGGAGCAGGGGGCGGCAAGAGCCAGAAAAACAACCGGUAUUCGUUUGAUGCACGGGACCUCCUUGCGCGAUAUCGGGAUUACCAUCUCGACGGCCAGAGCGAGGAUGGGAACACAUCAACCCGGGGCCCCUUCGUCUGGGCUCGUGAUUUCCCUAUCGAAUCUGUUUGUAUCUGUGAGAUGGGCGCUAAGAAAUUGGAUCCGGAAGGGGACGAGAGUGGGCUGAAUGCUCGGCUGCGAGAGAAGUAUAUGGCUGUUGCAGAGAGGAAGUUGGAUUUUUGAUCUUUGGUUAGGAUCUAAUGUCUGGGUGACUUGGUGGAAGGAAAUGUCGAGGCAUACGAUCUACGUGGCUUGGAUAUACCCCGGAAUUUGCUUGUUACAUCCAGAGCCGAGCACUGUGCAUAUAGAAGUGUGUUGGUUUUACAUUUAUACCCAAAGCGCAGCCUAUCCUGCCGCGCUGGAACUGCAAUACAACAGAUAUCAUC